AUGAAUAACUCACUGAACACCACAGGCCUCGUGGCGCAAUGGAUAACGCGUCGGUCUACGGAACCGAAGAUUGUAGGUUCGACUCCUGCCGAGGUAAAAAUGGGACACAAACAUAAGAAAAAAAGAAAACAUGAAUGCAAACAUAGUAGUGAGAGUCGGAAGAAGAAGCGACAGAAACAUCACGAAUGCAGUUCCUCAGACUCAGAUACUGACAAGGGUGACCGAUUUGAUCAACGUUUGAAUGCACUGCGAGAAGAGAAGAAACUGAAGAAGAAGAAAGAAAAAGAAGAAAGGAAGGAAAUGGAAACUUCGGAUGAGAAAAAAGCCAGACGUUUAGCAAAAAAAUUAAAAAAGGCAGAAAAAGAAUCAGGUGUUAUGUUCGACGACGAAGCCAAAUACACAAACAGCAACAAUCCAUUUAAUGAUCCGAAUUUGACUUCUACUUUUAUAUGGAAGAAGAAAUUAGCAGCUGAAGGCAAGGCUGAUUUGUCGUUGAAACAGAUUGAAAAAAUGAAUAGAGAUCGUACGCUAAAAAACUUAGCAGAAAUGGAGGAGCUCAAAAGAAACAGAGAAGCACGAGAAGCAGCUCGGGAAGAUUUGGAAAUGAUCAAAAGGGAUGAGGAAAGGCGGCACAAUUCAGACUGGUACACGACAGAAGAAGGAUUCUUACUUAAUCAGGCUAAACUGCGUACAAAGAUCAGGCUGAAGGAGGGACGAGCAAAACCUAUCGAUUUUCUUGCCAGAUAUAUCAGUUAUGAUAGUGAAAAGGUCGAAAGCAUGAAAGAUGAAGAAUUCGAGUUUGUCGAUCCAACAACGUAUUUAAUAGGACUUAAAAUCAGAGAUUUGGAAGAUUUGCUUGAGGAUAUCAAAGUUUAUCGACGAGUCGAUCCGACUGAUAAUUCAAUUUGGUGGACAGAUUUUUGUACAAUUGUUCGGAAUGAAAUAAGAAAGUUGUCCAAUGAUGUUAAUUCAGUUUAUGCACGAGAAUCAAUUCAUAAUUCUGUGCAAAGUGAUAUUACUGCUUUAUUCAAAGGUAAAACUCAUCAAGAAUUAGCAUUAUUGGAGACCCAAAUCAGGAAGAAGAUUCAUAGUGAUGAACCUGGUGUUGAUGUAGAAUUCUUGGAAUUUACGUUACAACAUCUUCACGUACAUAUGGCGAAAGCUCGUAUUCACGAACGACAUCAGGAAAUAUUGCGGUGUAAAUUGAAAAGGAUAAAAGAAGAGCAAAAAGCUGAAAGGGAUAAGCACGAAUGUGAUCCUGAACAGGAAAGUGGAGAAGGUUCGAGUGGGAUGAGGCAAUCAGCUAAGCUAAAAACAGUUUCUGUACAGCUGGAUGAAUUGGAUGCUAUGGAUGAUGAUGUUAAGGAGCAACAAUGGCGGCUUCUGACAGAAGAUGAGAUGGAGAUUUUAACAUUAGAAAUGUAUGAACGUGGUUCAUAUAGUCCAUCAUAUGGUGAUGAAAAAGAAGCUAUGCCAGGUAUUGAAAUUUUGGAUGAAGCAGAGGAUGUUCAAAAACGUAAGGAAAUGAUAAUCAAAACCGAGAGCGGCGCUGAAGCCACAUCGAAUGAUCUAUCGGUGACAGAGUCGGAAAUGGAACUGAUUGCUCGCCGAGGCAUGACGAAUGAUGAGGCAACAUUUUCAGUGGAAGUACCUCUUGAAGCACAAACUUUUCUUUGGUCUGAAAAAUAUCGGCCACGGAAACCAAGAUAUUUCAAUCGUGUACAUACUGGAUUCGAGUGGAACAAAUAUAAUCAAACUCAUUAUGACAUGGAUAACCCACCACCAAAAAUUGUGCAGGGUUACCGCUUUAAUAUAUUCUAUCCCGAUUUAUUAGAUGUCACAGAAACGCCCACGUUUACUGUAACACCCUGUGAUGAUCCGGAUUUUGCUGUAAUAAGGUUUCAUGCCGGACCGCCCUACGAGGAUAUAGCCUUCAAGUGUGUUAACCGAGAAUGGGAAAUCAGCCACAAGCAUGGUUACAAGUGUCAGUUUGUUAAUGGAAUAUUCCAGUUAUGGUUUUACUUCAAGAGAUAUCGAUAUCGACGAUGA